UAGUUUUCACUAAAUACAAAUGAAAACAAACAUUUCGGUUUAGUUCUCGGCAUGUUUGAUUUAUUAAAAGCGUUAAAAUCUUUAAUAAAAUUUCCGUUUGUUUUAUGUAAAUCUAGUGAUUAAAACUCAUCAUGUUGAAAUCAUGAAUGACUUUUAAUUCCAAGUCAAAUAGACCAAUUUCAAUAAUCCCGUAAGCCACAUGUGGUAAUCAGCUGUUCCUAUCGUUUUGAUAACCAUGUUGCGUUUCUUAUUUCGUCGUGAUUUAACUGAAUCAAAUGUAUCACGGUUUGUCAGACAUUUUUCUUUGGAAGCCAAUUCUGUUCAAAAGAAGCAAGUGCCUGUUUCAUGCAAUGAUUCGGAGGAUAAUUCAAAGGUUCUGAUUCGUUUUCCUUCCAAAUUCUAUCAACACUCAUUCGACUCUUUUGAAUCUAUGAUAGCAAAAGAAAAGUCUGACGCGAAAAGUUACAUUUUGAUCGAAGACAAGACUAAUGGAAAGCUAGAUUCUAUACCAAAAGAAGCAUUGGAAAAAAUUUUAGACUCUAGUAUUACCCAGAUGUACAAAUAUCAUCUUGGCUCUCGUGGCUAUUGCUUAGUAAAAUUAGACGAUUAUGAAAACUUUGCUGACAGGAAUAACAAGAAUUUUCAACACCAGUCAUUUCCAGUUUAUGCAAGGAUGUUUAGCCUUUUACCGAAUUCGCUCAAACUGAUUAAAGAUGAAUUAUCUACUGAACCAGUGGUAAUCCCUGAUUUACUGAGAAAUCGUAAAUGCUGGCUCAAAUUUAUUCAUGAAAAAAAUAACAUGGAUAGUAAUGAAUUCAUAGACAAUCUGGUUAAUAGUGUCCUUCUUAAUGAAGUUGAAGCCAAAUUAAGAUUUUUCCUGAUAAAUCAGUUCGAAGAGCUUCUCUGUACUGGACCAUUCAAUCGAUGUCAAGUUUAUCCUUUUGGAUCAUCUGUCAACGGUUUUGGUUGGAAUCAAAGUGACAUUGAUCUGUUUCUAACUCCUGAAACAUUGAAAAGCCCAAAAGAUAAUGCCUAUGGCCUAACCUCAGCAUCAAGUCAAAAUAUUGCAGGCGAUAAUAAUGAUACAAAAAGGGUUCUUCAGAUGCUUCAUGGAAUUAUUAAUGAAUUUGUUCCUGCCGUUAAAGACGUCAAUGCAAUUCUAAUGGCUCGAGUUCCAAUAAUCAAAUUUGACUCCAUCGCGAGUGGAUUGAAUGUAGAUUUAUCUUUUUUCCUUGAUUCAAGAGACAGUGGCAUUGAUAUUGCUCAUGUAUUAUAUGAAUACUCACGAUUAGAUGUGCGUGUUGUUAAACUUAUGAUAUUCGUUAAAUUAUGGGCCAUGCAACAAGGCAUCACCCGAUCAGCUCCAGGAGUAUGGAUAAAUAGUUUUGGUUUAAUGAUGUUGGUUGUUCACUUUCUUCAAGUACGAUCUCCUCCUCUACUACCUCCAAUCAGUCAUUUAAACGUUAUUUAUGAUCCGUACCAAGCUAGUGUCACCAAGCAAACCAAUGAUUUAUGUUAUGAUUAUAAAACACCAUUCAUGACUCUCUUGAAAGAGUUUUUUGACCAUUAUGCCAGAUUUGAGUUUGAAAAUUAUGGAUGUAAUGUCAGUGACGGUCUUUUGAUUAAAAAACCUAGUUCUAAUAGUGCACUUUACAUACAAAAUCCGACUCAUAGAUAUUUAAAUGUAUCAAAAAAUGUUCAAAAUACCGAAUUAGCCAAACUUGUUUUAAUUGCUAGAGCUUCUCAUGAUAUAAUUAGUAGAGGUGAUCAUGUUAGUAGUCUUUUGAAACCCUUUUCAAGAAAAUCAAUUAACAUUGGAGAUUUAUAUUGACAUGGAAACCAAUCAAGUUAAUGACUAAUGAUAACUUCAUUGUAAAAUAUUAAUGUUAAUAAUUCAUGUAAAUCUGAUUUGAUAAAUAAAUUUUUGCUAUUUUGACAAAUAGUGAUUUUGUACAUAUGA